CCUCCCUCCCCUUCCUUCUGAAAUCAGUUUCAGAAACCGUAAUCGCCAUGGUAGAAUCGAAUACAUCUCGUCGCACAUCCGUUCAUCAAGCUCUCGGCGGCGGUUCAGUCGCUGACUUGCUUUUGUGGAGAAAAUGGUGUGGAGGGAUUGUGUUGCUGAUUUCUGCGUCUACCAUGUGGUUCCUCUUUGAAAGAGCGGGUUACAAUUUCUUAUCUUUUGUGUCUAAUGUUUUGUUGCUCCUUGUUGUCAUCCUCUUCUUCUGGGCCAAAUCAGCUUCCCUUCUGAACAGACCUCUACCUCCCAUUCCUAAUUUGGAAAUUUCCGAGAAGACUAUUGUGCUAGUUGCUGAUGAGUUGCGAGCGAGGAUCAAUUACGCAUUGUUGAUUGCACACGACAUUGCAAUAGGCAGAAAUUUGAAAGUUUUCCUUCUGGUUGCCUGUGGCUUGUGGUUAAUAUCUUAUAUUGGUAGUCUUUUCAACUUCCUCACUCUUGUUUAUAUUGGAAUUCUUCUUAGUCUCUCGGUACCAGUGUUAUAUGAAAAGUACAAGGACCAUAUAGAUGAGAAGCUGUGUAUAACGCAUGGAAUCAUUCAAACACAGUACAGGAAGAUUGAUGAAAAUGUCCUAAAGAAGUUUUUAGUGCCCAACAAAGAAAAGAAGAUCCAGUAGGUUGUUUGGUGUGGCCAUGGGCAUAGAAAUUGGCUUUUCGAUAUGUGGAGCUUUGAGUUUCUUUUUGCUGGGAUGACAUCAAUUUGCAGUUAAGACAGUCUAUAAGAGCAGGAUGGACUAACCCUAUAGCUUCUACGUUUGCCAAAAGAUGGAAAUUAUUUUGUUUUUUUUUUCCCACAUGUGAAAACCAUUCUCUGGAUGGUUUUUGGUAAUGUAGGUUAUAAACCUUGGUUUGUGCUUUAAUAUUCACUUCCAGUAAAUAAUGAUAACCUCAAUGUCUGAGAAAAGCUUGUUUGCAUAAUAGAAUUCACAUUCAUUA